GGUACUUCGGUAUUUAUUAAAGCAAAAUAUAAUGCUUAUUUUAAAAUCACACAACUUUCUAAUUCAAAAACCGUAGGAUCAUGUAUGAUUACCUAGGUAGGUAGAGUUGUGUAGCCCAGUGGCUUGCUGAAAAGGGGGGGAGGGUAAGGAUGGGAGUGUACAUAGGCUUCUAAUCGAAUAGCGUUGAACAUUGUAUUGGUCACUAGCAUCCUUAGGUGGCUUUGCCUAGAGGUCGAUCCCUGGAGGGAACCCACCAAACAAACAAACUCAGCGUAUAUCAUCCCACCACAGCUAUGAGUUCCUAAUAGUAUUUUGUCCUUAAUUGAAACUAAUUUUCUGUGUUUUAUAACAUCCCACAUGUCGACAGAUAUGGAGCAAGAAACAGUCGAGGCAACUCCCUUUCUCGAAUCCAACUCAGGUUCCGUCAGAACACAACGAACCAGACCAACUUCGCUCAGAUUUUCAAACAUAUCAAUAAUGAUACUUGGAAUCUUCCUUGUAGUAUCAAACGUGGUUUGGUUUAUCAAGUACUCGACUCUUGCUGACAAUGUCUGCAUCCGCCCAAAGCUCUCAUAUUCGCCGGCUACUUCUUCUAUUUCAUAUGAGCGGAGGGUGCUUUGGAGGUCUAUUGGACCUGAAAAUGUUUACACAGGGAAACCUAGAAAGGAGCUGGAUGAGGCGUGGGCGGAGCUAAUCAAGCCAAUGGCAAUCAAAAUUUCUUCAAGCGAGCUUGCUCUACUUGGUGAAUCAUCUAUUGCAUUCGAAGAUGGUUCCGGCUACCUUGCAGAAAUGGCUGUAUUCCAUGAGCUCCAUUGCAUUAAGCGUCUCCGCCGCCAUCUGCACUUGAAUUAUUAUUACGGCAACAUGACAGCGGACGAGGCCGAUCUUGAAUCUAAACAUAUAGACCAUUGCCUCGAAUACUGGCGCGAGGCUGCAAUAUGUCGGGGAGAUCCUUCUUUGGCAACAUUUGUCUGGCAGGAGGGAAAACCAUUCUCGAAGGUCCACAGUACUCAUGAGUGUGUAGAUUGGAUUAAACUGAGACAAUGGGCAGAAUCUCGGAUGGUAGAGGCAUCAGAUCCUAGCAUAUUUUCACACGCUCGUUCAAAAUAGAUUACAUUAAUGGGCGGACUUUAAAGUGGUGUAUGCAUGUGUUCUCAGAAUAUUUCUGCAUGCCCAGUGACGAUUAGAUAAGAGUACAUGCCUUCCUUAGGCGUAGCCAUAGUCAGACCAAUCGUAUUUCAUCCAUAAAUAUAACCUAUCUGCGUAAAUAGGCUUACCAGU